AUGCCUGGACCCAGCCUCUUCCUCAACCUGGUGGAGUUCUUCUGGAGGGACGGAUUCAGCCGCAUUCAUGAGAUCCAGCAAAAGCACAUCGGUGAAUACGGUCGGAUCUUCAAGUCCCACUUCGGGCGGCAGUUUGUGGUGUCCAUCGCCGAUCGUGACAUGAUCGCUCAGGUCCUGCGUGCCGAGAGGGAGGCGCCGCAGAGAGCCAACAUGGAGUCCUGGCAGGAAUAUCGAGACCUACGGGGGCGAUCGACGGGCCUCAUCUCUGCGGAAGGGAAGAAGUGGCUGGCCAUGAGAAGCAUCUUGCGGCAGAAAAUCCUGCGACCCAGAGAUGUGUUUGUGUACGCAGGGGGAGUGAACGAGGUGGUUGGUGACUUGGUCAAGAGGAUCCGAACCCUCCGCAGCCGCGAGGACGACGGAGAAACUGUGACCAACGUCAAUGACCUUUACUUCAAAUAUUCCAUGGAAGCUGUGGCCACCAUAUUGUACGAGUGUCGGCUGGGAUGUCUACAGAACAAGGUGCCCAAGCAGACACUGGAGUACAUGGAAGCUCUGGAGCUGAUGUUCAGUAUGUUCAAGACCACCAUGUAUGCUGGAGCCAUUCCCAAGUGGCUUCGUCCAUUCAUUCCAAAACCCUGGGAGGAGUUCUGCCGCUCCUGGGAUGGGCUCUUCAAGUUUAGUCAGAUCCACGUGGACAACAAGCUGCGGGAGAUUCAGGCGCGUCUAGAUCGCGGAGAGGAGGUGAAAGGUGGCCUCUUGACAUCCAUUCUGAUCAGCAAGGAACUGACGCUGGAGGAGCUGUACGCUAAUAUGACGGAGAUGCUCUUGGCGGGUGUGGACACGACCUCUUUCACGAUGUCCUGGGCCACCUACCUUCUGGCGAAGAACCCUGAGGCGCAGCAUAUGGUAUACAAUCAGAUCGUCCGGAAUCUCGGGAAGGACACGGUCCCCACUGCGGAAGAUGUGCCGAAACUUCCUCUAAUCAGAGCUGUUCUGAAGGAGACCCUGAGGCUGUUUCCAGUGUUACCCGGGAAUGGUCGGGUCACCCAGGAUGAUUUGGUUUUGGGAGGAUAUUUAAUACCAAAAGGGACUCAGCUGGCAUUGUGUCAUUACUCCACAUCGUACAACCAGGAAUAUUUCUCGGCAGCAGAAGACUUCCGUCUGGAACGCUGGCUGCGGCACGGACUCCUGGACAGAGUUGAGAACUUUGGUUCCAUUCCCUUCGGAUACGGAAUCCGCAGCUGUAUCGGGAGGAGAGUCGCUGAGCUGGAGAUCCACCUGGCUCUAAUUCAGUUGCUUCAGAAUUUUGAGUUCAAGACUUCACCCAAGACUCAGACUGUUCUCCCAAAAACACACGGACUUCUGUGCCCCUCAGGGGCCAUUAAUGUGCGCUUUGUGGAACGGGAGUGA